CGGUGUCGCUCGCCUUCCUCGGGGCACCUCUUCCUCCCGGGGCGUUCUUCUCGCUUCCCGCCGGUUCUGCCUGGACUUUGCCUUGUCAUGUCAAGAUGGAAGGCAGGAGCGACUGGCUCGCCUCCUCGUCCCGCCAUGAGGGCUUCGAGCAGAUGAAGCUGAAGAGCCGACCCCGCGAGCCCUCGCCCAGCCUGACCAGAGUGGGCUCCAACUUCUACAGCUCCGUCAAACAGCAGGACUACAGUGCCAGCGUCUGGCUGAGGAGGAAAGACAAAUUGGAGCAUUCCCAGCAAAAAUGCAUUGUGAUCUUUGCAUUGGUUUGCUGCUUUGCAAUUCUGGUUGCACUGAUAUUUUCGGCUGUGGAUAUUGUGGGAGAAGAUGAGGACGGACUCUCAGAAAAGAACUGUCAAAAUAAGUGUCGGAUUGCUCUUGUGGAAAAUAUUCCUGAAGGUAUAAACUAUUCAGACAGUGCACCAUCCCAUUUGUCCCUUUUUCAAGGCUGGAUGAAUUUACUUAAUAUGGCUAAAAAAUCUGUUGAAAUAGUAUCUUCCCAGUGGGACCUCAAUCACAGACAUCCAUCAGCACACCAAGGAAAGCAUCUUUUUGAGAAGUUGCAAGAUCUAUUGUCUCAAAAUAUUGAGAUCAAAUUAGUAAGUGAUAUUCUUCACAAGGAUUCCAAGUUAUUAAAUGACUUGAGAAAAAAAGGUGCAGAAGUGAUGUAUAUUAACUUGACGGCUUACAAUGAUGGACAUUUGCAGUCCUCAUUCUGGAUUGUAGAUAAACAACAUGUAUACCUUGGAAGUGCCAGUUUACAGUGGACAUCACUGACACAGAUGAAGGAGCUUGGUGUCAUCAUGUAUAACUGCAGCUGUUUGGUGUUAGACUUACAACGGACAUUUGCCUUGUACAGCUCAUUAAAAUCCAAGAGCAAAAUCCCACCUGUUUGGUCUAAGAGACUGUAUGCAGUGUAUAACACUGAAAAUAAGCUGACCCUCCAGUUGAACGAAACCAAGUCAGAAGUCUUUGUCUCGAAUUCUCCCAAGCUACUGUGCCCUAAAGAGAGAGUUUUAGAUAUUGAUGCUAUCUAUAGCAUUAUUGAUGAUGCUAAACAAUUUGUCUAUAUUGCUGUUAUGGACUAUUUGCCUAUUAUCAAUGUCACAAAUGAGACAAGGUACUGGCCAUAUUUGGAUGGAAAGAUAAGAGAAGCACUGAUUUUACGCAAUAUUAAAGUACAACUCCUCAUAAGUUUCUCAAAAGAAACAAAUCCACUCACAUUUAGCUUUGUUUCAUCUCUUAAAGCAAUUUGCACUGAAGUUUCUGGCUGUAGUUUAAAAGUUAAAUUCUUUGAUCUUGAAGAAGAAAGUGCUUGUUUUUUUAAGGAACAGAAGAACUCUUCUGUACUCAAGGUAAAUCGCAACAAAUAUGUGGUAACUGACAGAGCUGCUUAUUUUGGUAAUUUUGACUGGGUUGGGACCUAUUUUAAUCAAAAUGCUGGCGCUGGUCUUGUCAUCAACCAAGCAGGCACAGGGAACAAAACAAGCAUAAUCAAGCAACUUAAAGCUGUGUUUGAAAGGGAUUGGUACUCACAUUAUGCUAAAAGUUCAACAACAAAAAUUCUGAACUGUUCAAGCUUCAAACACAACAAAGCAGCAACCAAUAAGACUUCCAUAAGCAAUGUAAACUGA